AUGAAUUUUGAAGAUUGCGCAAAAAAGAUCAGAAAAGUUGCUUGCCAAGUCGAUGUAAAAUCAUGCAUAACAUAUGUGGAUGAUGAAAAAGUCAUAAUCAGUGGUGAAUUCAAUUUGCAUAAAUUACUGAAGACUCUCAAGAAAAAAACUGGUAAAAAGAUAGAAGUUGUGAUGAAGACUGAGAAAUUGGUUGAAGAUGAUGAACCUGAGACUGAGACACCUGAGGUAGUUCAAAAUCAAGAUAAUAAAGAUGAAAUAGUUCCACAAAAUGAUGAUAAACUUGAAACAAGUAUGAUGGAAGUGGAAUUCGAUAUACCACUACUCUAUGAAGAAUAUGAGAAAUAUUUUGAAAAAGUUAUUUCCAAAUUCGAAGGUGUUGAAACAUAUGGAACGGAUGUAGAAAAUAAAAAGAUUGUGGUCAUUGGUAACUUUGACAAGGAUCGAUUGUUGAAAAAACUUGACAAGAAGUCUGCAAGACUUAACCGAAAGAUUCAACAAGCGGAAAAGGAGGCUGAAGAACACAAAAUAAUUGAAGAGUUUUGUGAGAAUCUCGACAAGGAGGCUGAAGAACGCAAAAUAAUGGCGGAGUUUUGUGAGGAAAUCGACAAUGGUAGAAGUAUAUAUCUCACUUGA